CACUAAUAUGUGUUGGGGGUGUAUUGUGUGUUUUAUGGUUCUGUAGUGGUGUUGCUGCGGUAGGGAACUGGUGUAUUUCUAGCUGGAUAUGGAGGACACCAGUAUACGUUUCUUAAGAAUUUCUUUGGCCUUUCUCAGUCUCUGUGUCCAUGGUCAACUUGGAAGUGUUGAUGGCUUUGUCCGCAGUGCAGGUUAUCCUGGAUCCUAUGAGGCUGGUCCCCCUUUGCAGGAUGUUGUGAAACCACAAAAUUCCAGCUGGUAUGGCCAAGGAGCUGUAUCUGGUUCCAUCGAGCCUCUAAGAUCCAAGAAUAUCCCUUACAGUGCUGCAGUUAGGGGUGUUUACAGCAGUGUAAGCUAUAGCCCUCAAACAGUCUCUUUUGGCUCUGGUCCAGUGACAAGUGUUCAUAUGCUUGGUUCUGACUCCAGUGCUAGAAACCAACUUCAAGGUUCUCUGAUAUCUUUAGCUGGUAGUGGCCGUCUUGUUUCUGGUUCUGUGGCAAGUGCAUUGGGUACAAGUGUAAACGGUGAGUCUGUACCCCAGCCAGCACAGCUCAGUUCUCAAACUCCUGCGCCGACUAGUAGUGAGUCUGUAGUGUCUAGUAGCCAGCAACCAAUGCAGACCAGCUCCCAGUCCAGUGCCCAACAGCCAUUUAUCAAAUCCCAGAACGGUGGACUUGUGCAUGUUGGUUCUGGGCUCUUUUCUGGUACCAGGCCAGUCCAGACUUCAAGUUCUGGUUUUAUAUUCAAGCCUGUGCAGCGACAAAAUCCGUCCUCCCUACCUGGUUACCAGUUAGUGCAGGGCAGCCAUGGGUUACAUUAUGAAUCCAGAGUUCAGUCCAGCAGUGUGCAACCAGCACAGGCAGGCUACCAACCCAUGGCCCAGCCCAGCAUCCAACAGUCAUAUCAAGCCAGCAGCCAACGUUCUGAACAAGCCAUCUCUCAAUUUGUGGACCAGUCCAGUGGCCAGCAGUCAGCACAAGCCAGCUACCAGUCUAUGCAACCGCCUAGUCUCCAAAAACCAGGACAGACCCAAUACCAGCCUGUCUCACAGCCCAGUGGCCUGCAGUCAGCCCAAACGCGCUACCAGUUUGUGCCCCGGCCUGGUGGCCAAAAACCAGGUCAGACCCGAUACCAGCCUGUCUCACAGCCCAGUGGCCAGCAGUCAGCACAAGCCAGCUACCAUCAGCCCAAACGCGCUACCAGUUUGUGCCCCGGCCUGGUGGCCAAAAACCAGGUCAGACCCGAUACCAGCCUGUCUCACAGCCCAGUGGCCAGCAGUCAGCACAAGCCAGCUACCAUCAGCCCAAACGCGCUACCAGUUUGUGCCCCGGCCUGGUGGCCAAAAACCAGGUCAGACCCGAUACCAGCCUGUCUCACAGCCCAGUGGCCAGCAGUCAGCACAAGCCAGCUACCAUCAGCCCAAACGCGCUACCAGUUUGUGCCCCGGCCUGGUGGCCAAAAACCAGGUCAGACCCGAUACCAGCCUGUCUCUCAGCCCAGUGGCCAGCAGUCAGCACAAACCAGCUACCAAUCUAUGCAGCAGCCUAGUCUCCAAAAACCAGGAUUGACCCAAUACCAGCCUAUCUCGCAGCCCAGUGGCCAGCAGUCAGCACAAGCCAGCUAUCAGUCUGUGCCCCAGCCUAGUGGCCUGCAGUCAGCACAAGCCAGCUACCAAUCUGUAUCCCAGCCUAGUGUCCAAGUACCAGCGCACGCCGGCGACCAGUCUGUGUCUCAUCCCAGUGGCCUGCAGUCAGCACAAGCCAGCUACCAAUCGGUGUCCCAGCCCAGUGGCCCACAGUCGGCACAAGCCAGCUACCAGUUAGUACACUCCAGGUUUCAGGCACCAAUUUAUAAGCCCACAUCUCAACUGGUUGACACUGGGUUUCAGCUCUCUAUGCCAGAAAAAUCAAGUUUCCAUUCUCUUUCUGUUCUUGGUUCCCAACCCCUGGAGCAACCUAGUAAUGCGUUUAUUCCUUCAGGCUAUGAGUCUCUGCAGUCUCUUCAACCUGGCUUUGAGGAUCCAGCACCACUGCUUUCCCAACCUACUCCAAGCAAGAGUUUGUCUUCCGGUGUGUUGAGGCGUUUGCAACAAGUGAAUUCAUAGCUGUGUAACUGUCUUUCAUGGUUUAAUGUUUGCUUUUUGAAACAAAAUAAAUGACUUUAAUGUG